AUGCCAACGAAAUUCCACCAGUCCCUCAAUGCUUACCUCUCUAAGAUAAAAAACCCUACUCCUUUUUCUUUAUCAUCUUCUAAAAAUUGGAUUUUAUCUGGCUGUAAAAACCCAAAGACCACAUCAUUUGUGGCUAAUAGUAGCAUAAACAUCGAGGAACACAUCAACAGAGAUGGUGCAGCAACCCUCUCCGACAUCGAUCGCUUUCUCUUUGAGAAUUUCAAGUCUCUCUAUAUUAAAAAUGACGAGGAAGAUCAUCAUCAAAAGAAGAAAUAUGAGGAAGGAAGACAAUUAAAAGAAGAAGAUGGAGACUAUGAUCAAGUUAAUCUUGGAGGAGUAUUACAUCACAAUCAUGAUGACUCAUCUUCUGAGUUUUACGACAUACCACCGGAUCUUUGUGGGUCUCAUAGAUUUUUCGUCGCCACCGGCUUUAACUCGCUUAUCGAAGAGACCCAAACUAAUCUGACUACCACGUUCGAGAAAGAGGAAAUAAGUUCAACCUUAACCAGUAACACUAUAAUUAACUCUGCAAGAAAUUCUUCUAAUGGUAGUAACAUAAAAAACAUAAAUGUUGCACUUCCUAACAAUUGCAUCGCAUUGAUAAAGUACUCUCAGGGCCCAAACAACGAUUUUCGGCAGCCUAUGCAGGAAAUAGUGGAAGCAAAAUUACAACAGAAGGAGAAGAUUGAUUGGGAUUUCGUGCAAGAUCUUUUAUUCUGUUACUUAGACUUAAAUGAGAAGAAGUCACAUAAAUUUAUAUUGAGUGCGUUUGUAGAUCUUGUUAUGAGUUUGCGUCAAUGUUCAAGUAAAGUUCCGACAAAGUCACGGAGGAAAAAACUGAUACAGAGCAGAGGAAAAGGCAACUGAGAAACGUUGCAUAGUCUUAUUUGUUGCCUCCGGUGAUAACUCAAGAGAAUAUAUGGAUUGGAUGUCAAAGUUGAAGUGAUAAUUGUCUUAAUCAAUUGUUUAAAUCUGCAAUUAAUUGCAGCUUAAUCAGAUGUUACAGUUAUAAAUU